AUGACGAGGGUACGAGGAGAUGAUGAGCUGCUGGAGCUUCUUGGGAUCAUGGGUGGAGACAAUGGCGAGCAAGACGCAACAACUCCUGCAGAAACCAGCCGUGAUACGAGGACACACCCGGCACCGGCGGCGGGCGAGUUCGCGUGCGUUCCCGAGACGGGCUGGAACAGCUCCAUAUGGAACCCCCACGUCUUCGAGCCAGCCGCAGCCCCCACUGUUUUUGGUGUUGCUAGCCGAACCGGGGAGGGGCUCAGGAGGGUCGUAUCUCCGCAGGAGGAGGUCUUGCGGCAGCAGGCCGUCGCGAUCGUUUUCUCUAGGUUUCAGGUGCUCGGAAAGGAGCUCGGAAUCCGUGUAAAGAACGAGAUGUUCGAGCGGUGGCAGUUCAGCCGUAAGCUUAAGGAGGGCAGGGGAGGGGACCCGAUCCUGCCGGCCGAGUCGUUCUUUGACCCGGGCUUGGACGCGGAGCUGCAAGCGUUGGGGGUGCACAAGGCGCAGUCGAGGAACCUGUGCUGCGAGCUCGGGCGGGCCUCCAAGUCCGCCCUCAAGACCCUCAAGAAGCAGCUGCGGGGCGUGGUCAACGGGCCGGCGGCGGCGGUAUCGGCGCCGUCAAAAAGGGUGGCCGCUAGGAAGCUUGACGGCAACACGUACGUGUUGCAGCUGGGAAAAAACAAGCUGCGCAUGAAUAGCGCCCACUACGACAAGAUGAAGGAGCUGUUCAGCCGAUCUCGCGUGGAGGGGGCCGCUAGACGGCAGUCCUCUUCGACGGAGCACCCACCUCCCGCCUGGAUAGGCGACUUCCACGACUGCCUGUUCUCGUGCCUCAUGAGGUACGAGGCGCUGCAGGGCGGGGGCUUUCAGGCCUCAAUGGGGGGCGACGCUUUCGACGUCCUGCUGAAGCGCUUCGGCGCGAGGAUGGAGUGCUUCGCUUCGCCCUUCAACUGCCGCUACUCGCGAUACUGCAGCGCCUUCCCCGACACCGACGGGCCUUUCGGCAGCGCGGGGAGUUUCUUCGACUUUCAGCCUACGCAGGGAGCUUACGAGGCAAAUCCCCCCUUUGUGCGAGACGUUAUCCUGAAGAUGGCCAACCAUAUGGACGGCCUCCUGCAGGCCACAGCGAAGGCGUUAACCUUUGUGGUCAUCAUUCCUUGCUGGGAAGACUCCGCGGGGUGGAAGAGGCUACGGGACAGCGCGUUUCUGUCCAAGCACAUCAAGCUCGACCAGAAAGACCACGGUUACUGCGAGGGCAAGCAGCACCUGCGGCGCAACCGCUACCGGUUGGCGUCUUUUCACACGAGCGUCUUCUUCCUGCAGACCGAUGUGGCGAGACGGCAGCAGUCGCCCGAGACACUGGGACAGGCUUGCCGAGAGCUCGAGCGGGCCUUCGCUCUAAGGCAAGAAGGCGACGGGAGCGGUGGUGGCGGCGGCGGCGGCGGCGGCGGCACCAGAGGGGAGGGCGGAAAAAGCGGCCUCUCUUCCUCUUCGGGGCAGGGACUGCGAGAACAAGGAGGCGGGGGAGAAGGGUUGAUCGAUGACGGAGGGAUCGGUGCGAGUGGUCCCAGCGAUGACGAUGACGAUGAUGAUGACGAUGGCGAUGACGACAGAGAUUUUACCGAAACGUCUUAUUCGACGAGCAAGGUCACGGCGAAGCGGCAGCUCAACGAGGCUGGGAAGGCGGCGGAAGGAAAAGCACGGGGGGUCGUGAAUGCCGGCAACAAGAAACCCGCUUCUGUCGGUAGUGGUGGUAGUGCUAGUGCUGGUGGUGGUGGUAGUGGUGGUGGCGAUUCUGGUGCCGCUACCCCUCUAGCAAAGGCAGAGAAAAAGAAAAAACGAGCGAAAGGUAAACGGCGGCGAAAUAGCGACGACGAAGCCGGAGGGUCGGCACCAUCCGCGGGUGGCAGAGAGCCCGGUGAACAUAGCAGGCCGUUGUUCGACGAGGACGGGAAUGCGGCUGCCGGGCGUAGGGGCGGCGCAGCAGUGGUGGGGGGCGAGACGAGUGAGAGCGUCGGCCUUGCGGAGGAUUUGGACCCUGAUCGUCAAGCCAAGAGAGAGUUGUCGUUAUCGGUCAAGAAGAAGAAGAAGCGGCAUGUUGCUGUGGCAGCGGUGGCGGUGGCGAGGGGAACGGCCAGCGAUGCCGAGGGGGACGGCAGCGGAGCCGACCCGGCGUUGGCGCCGGCCGGCGAAGGGACCGGGCUCUCGAGCGAAAACGGGACACGAAAGGGCGAAGCGGAAGGAACGGCGGCAGCAACGGGAGAAGAGCGCGCGAGGAAAAAGAAGAGAGGCAAACAGAAAAAUAAGAAGUCCCUCUCUGCGUUGUAG